GGCCCUUUGCUUCGAGCGGGGCGCGCCCUCGCCGUGGGCCCGACGCGGGCCCGUGAGCCAUGGAGCCGCCGUCGGCUUUGCCGUGGCACGGCCCGCCGGUGGCCUUGGGGCCCCUGCCGCUCGUCGGCAACAAGGGCACCCUCACUGCCCGCGACAAGGAGUUCAUCCAGCUCGUGUACUUCUGCAGCGCGAACGUGAGGACUCGAAGUCGGGAGGGGCAUUCGACGCGCAUGUUGGCUGUCAUCGGCCCGGCGGGCCUCGUCCACGCGGGCUGGCAAGCGGCCCUCAAGCUCGUGGCUCUGAAUGGGGAAGGUGGACGGCGUUCAGACGUGCGCCACUGUGGUGGCUCGGUGUCUGAGAGCGCGCAGCUUGUUUGGACUCGGUGGAUUCAUAUUGAGCCCGCUUAUGUAGGGCAACGCGUUGAGUCGGCGCCCGGGUGCACGAGCAGUGAACCAG